AUGUCUAAUGCCAACACCCGCUCCUCGGCACCGCCCGAGACGGACUUUGCGACGUGGGGCACGCAAGCGAACAUUUCCGCGAAUGAAGUGCUCGAGAAGGAAAAGAUCGUGCGCGAGAUUGUAGCCAUGCAAGACGGUCUGAAGGCCCUUCUCUGGCGCGUCACGUCGGUCAAAGAAGAAUGCUCUAAGGCGGAGGCAGACAACGAGAUGCUGCAGGCGUACAUCGACAGCGUGACCAAGAGCCUCGCCGCCAAGUCAUGA